GGGUCUUGCUGGAUUGUGUUCUGGCUACUGCUGACAUUGAAAUUCUUUUAAACUAGGCUGUUGUAUGUUUUGGUACUUUGCCGAAUUGCGUAGUGUCUUCUGCCAGAGAUGUAAAGGAUUGUGGAAUGGAUCAGGACACUACAGUGCCCAAACUGAACUUUGGGUAUUGGUUGGAUAAAGCUAUUGAAUGGGGUCAAGCCACUACGUUGGAAUCCCAGAAAGAUGUGUGCCUUCACUUGCCUCAGCUCCAGGAAUUUCUACAUCAGCUUUAUGAAACAAUAAAACAUUCGCAGAGUUCAACUGUAGCAAUCCAGCAGUUCCCUUUAAUUGGACAGCUUCUAGGAAGGCUCUGUUGGAAUCCUUUUGUUAUAGGAUAUGAUGAAAGCCAGAAAACUCUGAUGUGGUGCUUGUGUUGUCUGUACAGCAGUGAACCACAGAGCACUGUGGAACUGAAGGCCAACAGCUGGAUACGGAGUUUGCUGUGCCAUCUCCUUUCUUCUUCUAAGUGGGAAAGUAACGAAGCUGAAACUAGUACAUUUGUAUCAGCUCUGGGCUACACGUCAGCAGAUUAUUAUUGUCACUUGGUUAAAAAUAUGGUCGUUUCAUUAGUAACAGAACUCAGAGAAAACCAGGUCAAUGGACUUAACAUUCAGGGGAGCAUUUCAGCCAGUCGUGUGAAUGCUGUGUCCAUUUUCUGUGUGCCUCUCAUUACUUUGCCUGACCUAACUCCAUUGCUGGAAACUCUCCUUCUUUACCAUGGAGGUUCAUCAAAAGAAAUUCUCAGUUCAGAGUUUCUAGAGGCUGUGAAUGAGGCCUUUUUAAAGAAGAAGAUCUCCCUUCCUGAAUCAGCUGUCUUCAGCCUUUGGCUUCGUCACUUACCAAGCCUUGAAAAAGCUACCUUACAUCUUUUAGACCAGUUGUUUUCCAUUCAGUUGAAUUCACUGGAAGAAGUGGCUUGUGUCAUGAAAGACUCGUUGCUGCCACAAGCAGCAAGCCAUCCUGCCAUUUUCAGAAUUGUAAAUGAAAUUUUCAAGAAUGCACUGAUGGAAACUGAUGGAACUUCAGGAGUUAUGACAAUAAUACAGGUGUUUACACAGGUCUUCCUUCAGGCUCAUCAGAAUGAAAACAAACAGCAUAAAUUUCCGCUGAAGGCCUACUUCCCAUUCCAUCACCAGCCCCUUGUAAGAGGCUUAGUCAGACGUCCUUCUGAACUCCCAACUUCAUAUUGGUCUCAACACUUGAAACACAUUUCGGAUAUGCUCAAAGCGUUAGUGGAAGAUACAAACGUUAGUUCUCUCACUGACCUUUUUGAAAUCUGGUUUUUGGUUGCUUGUUUUGGAGAAUGGCUGGAUAUUGCAGCAGAACAAUUACUGAAGGCUGCUGUAGAACCAGAUGCUGUGCUGUGGCUGCUGGCAUUUUACUACUGUCCUAAGAAUGAAAAUCAACAAAGAACUCAAACCAUGGUAGAAGCUCAAGCAGUCUACAGUCAUCUAAUGAUGCUCUUCAGCUGUACAGACCUUUCUCUCAAAGACCUGGAGGCUGCUGUACAUAGGAUAACAGGUAUAGAGCAGUGUUGGAACCAGUGUCUUACAACACAUCUUCUGACCAACUUUUUGCUCUUUUCGCAUGGUGGACAUAAGAUUGCCCAGGAAUGUAUUUACCAUAUUACCAAGACAACUGAUAUAAGCAAAGAAGUUUAUAACCUUCUUAUCCGUACUGCAUACAGAUUUAACUGUAGUGGAGAAGAAAACCAAAGAACUGUGAAGCUGCUGAAUGAACUUCUUCAAAAACUUACAUUGAAAGUUUAGAAUUUUAAUGUCAUCUGUUUAUCAAGCCAACAGAUCAGGUCUUUAUCCAGGUGCCAGACUUCCAUUAGCAUCUGGCACUGCAGUUUACCAAGGGCAGAAAGAUGCCUAUAUAUACUUACAUCUCUUAAUUUAUAUUCCCUCAUCUAUAUUUAAAAAUAAUCUGUUGUUUGGAAAUACUAACUUUUUGAAACAUAAUAGUAAAUAUUAAAGAUGCUUGAAAGUUUUGUUCUGAGUACCUUCUGUAACAAGAGACCUACAUAAUUUAAAGUAGUUCCCUCAUCUCCUUGAUGUUUAUCUGGCUGAGGAUCAGUUUUUCUCCCAAAUUACGCAUGUGGGGUUUUUUUUAGCAAGUAAUAUCCAAUUGUUUGAUUGGUAAGUUGUUACUAAAAUGUUUUGUUCUGUGCUUCUUUAUGAAGUUUAUGAAACUACCGAUGAUCUCAGGCAAUUCAUGGUGUUCUCAGGAAAUCAGUGAUGUUUCCUGAACUCUUUUUUUCUUUUUGAAAAUGUUUCCAAAAUGAAAGUCUUCCCAGAUUUGCUAAAUGUGGGACUGCAGCUUUCAGCUGGACAGUGUUCUCCUCAAAGUACUAUACCAAUAGCUGUUCUUUGUCAACAGAUACUGCAGGCAGGAGAUUGCUUGCAGUACAGCCCACUUAACAGUGUGCCAUGACCAAUGCUAUAAUUUAUUCAUUUAAGAAAUAUGGGGUUUUUAUUCAGACAAAAGAGAACAAGCAAAACAGAAACAUUUUCCAGUUUGAGGGACAAAUUUCCUAUGAAGGUUGCAACUCACUGCCUUCAUUUUUGUGUCCAGCAGUAGUUUGCUUACUUCUUUGUUUAGGUUUUUUGUCUUAGGCAAGGAGCAUAGACAGGUAGCAAUGGCUUAUGUUUUUACCCUAAGGAAAGAGUUUGUCCCCAGAGGUUUUGUGAACAUCUUUCUAGCUUAACUAGAAAAAUAAGCACAGAGAAUAGUAGUGACAGACCAUCCUAACUUUCCUUAGGAAUUUGCUGUCCUGUGUUACUUAGCUGUAAUGCCAACACUUGUGCUAUGCUACUUGGACUCAAGAUGCUCAAAGAUGUUACUUGGACUGCUAUUCUUGCAUAUAAAAUCUUGAAUUAAUGUAUCUUGAAUUUAAAAUGCUUUUAGAAUGUAGCAUUUGUUUUUGAGCAAGGGAAAAGAAAAACAAUGUACUUAGUGUCCCUUGGCUGUAAGAAGUGGAAAGAUAUUUUCUGUUGUGCUGUUGACUGAUUUCUUACAAUUUUGUUCCCAGUGAGUCAUGUAACAGAAGUUACCUGCCCUGUCAGUCAGUUUGCUAGUGAAGAAGUAGCAAACACAUAAUGUAUGUCUGCAAAGAAAGGGGUUUUUUCUCUUUUUUGAUUAAAAAUAUUUUAAAAUGAAAAUUCAGAAAAAGAUGUGUUGCAAUUUUUCUGUUGUUAAUAGCCACACAUAUCUAAAAAAGUAAAAUCAAGCAACCCAGUUUUCUGUUGCCUGAAUACCAUAACUGAAAAGCAUGGGAUUAAACUAACUCAGAGGUAUUUGUCUAGUGGAAACAGAUGCAGACUGCUCUGUCUAGAAUGAUAAAUAAUCUAAAAUUUUAACCCAAA